AUCACCUCCUGGAAGGAAGCGCAGCCGGUUCUGGUUCUUCUUCUGGUUCUUUCUUCUCCCUCCUUGCGUCGGCUCCAAGGCAGGAGCAUUUGGGGGCUCCGGAGCCGUCUGUGCGCGCCCCGAGCCCCCCGAGCCCCAAGCCCGGCUUGGCCAUGGCUUCCAGGCGGGACUCGGUGUGGAAGUGCUGCUGGGGACUCUUGAUGGUUUUAUGCAGAACUGCCCUCUCCAGGUCCAUAGUUCUGGAGCCCAUCUAUUGGAAUUCAUCCAACUCCAAAUUUCUCCCGGGACAAGGACUGGUACUAUAUCCACAGAUAGGAGACAAAUUGGAUAUUAUUUGCCCCAAAGUGGACUCUCAGACUGUUGGCCAGUAUGAAUAUUAUAAAGUGUAUAUGGUUGAUAAAGACCAAGCAGACAGAUGCACUAUUAAGAAGGAAAACACACCGCUCCUCAACUGUGCCAAGCCAGACCAAGAUGUAAAAUUUACUAUCAAGUUUCAAGAAUUCAGCCCUAACCUAUGGGGCCUAGAAUUUCAGAAGAACAAAGAUUAUUACAUUAUAUCUACAUCAAAUGGGUCUUUGGAGGGCCUGGAUAACGAGGAGGGAGGGGUGUGCCAGACAAGAGCCAUGAAGAUCCUCAUGAAGGUUGGACAAGAUGCCAGUUCUGCCGGGGCAGCCAAUAACCCCACCCGGCGCCCGGAGCUGGAAGCUGGUACCAACGGGAGGAGUUCCACCACCAGUCCCUUUGUCAAACCAAACCCAGGUUCCAGCCCGGAUGGCAAUAGCGGGGGACAUUCCGGGGGACACAACCUCCUGGGUUCUCAAGUGGCCUUAUUCUCCGGCAUCGCAUCAGGUUGCAUCAUCUUCAUCAUCAUCAUCAUCACCCUGGUGGUGCUGCUGCUCAAGUACCGCCGGCGGCAGCGCAAGCACUCGCCGCAGCACGCGGCCACGCUGUCCCUCAGCACGCUGGCCAGCCCCAAGCGCUGCGGCGCCAACAACAACGGCUCCGAGCCCAGCGACAUCAUCAUCCCCCUGCGGACUGCCGACGGGGUCUUCUGUCCACACUACGAGAAGGUGAGCGGGGACUACGGGCACCCCGUCUACAUCGUGCAGGAGAUGCCCCCGCAGAGCCCCGCCAACAUCUACUACAAGGUCUGAGCCUGGCUGCCUGGGCCUUCCCGGAACGCUGACC